CUUGCCUCGUCCUCCCAGACCCACCGGUCUUCUGCUGCCUCUUCUGAAGCCAUGUGUGAUGGCUCUCCCCCAGGAAGUCUAAGUCUAUUUUCGGGUCUUCUCGGUCGUCCGUGCGUGGCGUGGGUGGCUAGCCGCUCCUGCAAAGGGCGCGCGCCCGCGCGAGCCUACUCAUUUGGUUGGCUUUGAUUUCCGCAACCGUCCGCCCGCCCGUGAGUGCUUAGUCAGGCGGCACAGACGCAGUGAGUUCUCGUCAACAAGGAACAAGAAGAA